AUGAACAAAGUCAUUUCCGGCUCCAACGCUCUGGUAGUGGGCGGUACCAGCGGCAUUGGCUACGCAAUCGCCAGCCGUCUGGCAACAUCUCCCAAUUACCAGUUCUCAGCAAUUACCAUUGUGGGCCGGACAAAGCCUCAGGUCAUGCCAGCUGAGAAAGUAUCUUUUCGCUCCGUCGAUGCAACAUCAAUGCACGCUUUGAAAGAGUUUGCGCAAGAGUUCCGAAGCAAUAGCCAAAACAAUCCUCUUGACCUUCUCGUGAUGACGCAGGGAAUCAUGUCGUUCGCUGGGCGGGCUGAAACACCUGAGGGGAUUGACAGGAAGAUGGCUUUGCACUACUACGGUCGUCAGCUCCUAAUCAGAGAGCUGAGCUCCAUUCUGAGCCAGGAUGCGAAGGUUCUUCUCGUUUUGGACGGUCUUAAUGCCAGUCCUGAGAAGUUGAACUGGGACGACCUCGACCUCAAGGAAACCUUCAGUCUUGCUCACGCAGCAAACCACUGUAUCACCAUGAAUGACGCAAUGAUACAGUAUCACGCGCUUCAAGAUCAAGGUACCAAGCACUUCUUCGCACACGGUUAUCCCGGAGUUGUGAACACAGCGACACCGAAGAACUCGGCUUGGUAUUUCCGAGCUGUGUCAAAGGUUGCUUCGAGAUUGGUUGGUCUGCAGCCUGAGCAGUGUGCUGAAAGACAACUUGAUGGACUGUACAAAGCUGCGGAUGAGUUGCAAUCAAAAGACAUAUCCUGGGCUUGUUUGGAUAACCACGGAAAGGUGAUUGGAGGGAAGAAAGAGUGGAGUGAGGAGGAGAGAAGAAAGAUUGCUGAUCAUACCUGGGGUGUUGUUGAUAGGACAUGA